AUGCGGCCGCCAAGAGGAGCUCCAGGUUCAGAGGUGCAUCGUUGGACGGGCAGGUUCGAGGCGCACUUGUGGGACAAAGGGACGUGGAACCCAACGCAGAAGAAGAAAGGAAAGCAAGUUUAUCUUGGGGCGUACAAUGAGGAAGAGGCGGCGGCCAGGGCAUACGAUCUAGCGGCGCUCAAGUACUGGGGACCUACCACCUACACCAACUUCCCGGUUAUUGACUAUGAGCAAGAGCUCAAGGUUAUGCUGAGCGUGUCGAGGGAAGAGUAUCUAGCAUCAAUAAGAAGGAAGAGCAACGGCUUCUCCCGCGGAGUUUCCAAGUACAGAGGAGUGGCGCGGCACCACCACAACGGGCGAUGGGAGGCUCGGAUCGGCAGGGUGUUCGGCAACAAGUACCUCUACCUCGGCACCUACAGCACCCAGGAGGAGGCCGCCCGCGCCUACGACAUCGCCGCCAUCGAGUACCGCGGCAUCAACGCCGUCACCAACUUCGACCUCAGCACCUACAUCCGCUGGCUCAAGCCAGGCGCCGCGGCCGCAGAUUCCACGAACGGUAUCGGCGCUCCGGCCACCUCGUCGUCCCCCACCUCGACGCUGAUAACGCCGAGGGUCGACGGUCUCCGCCUCAUCCCGCCAGCGCGGAACUCGUUGUCUCUGCUCGGCGACGUGGGCUCGAUGGCGUUCGGCGGCCCGUCGCCGUCCCCGUCCCCGUCGCCUUCGCCGAACACCACGGCGCUCAGCCUGCUGCUGCGGUCGUCCAUGUUCCAGGAGCUCGUCGCCCAGCAGCAUCAACCGGUUGCAGUCGUCAACACUGAUCGGGCGGUGGUACCGGCGCCGGAGGGCGAACUCGGGGAUGUGCUGUACGGCGGCGGCGGCGAGGACGCCGCGUUCUCGUGCUCCAUGUACGAGCUCGACGACAGCUUCGCGCGGAUCGAGGAGUCGCUGUGGGACUGCUUGUGA